AUGCCCAACAAAAUCAACACUGUCUCUCCUUUUUAUGAUCAAGAGCCUGGCGCUCCACCUCCCUUCCCUCCUAUGCUCACGGACCAACUUGAACUAUUUGACAGUGCCCACCGCUCAACUAUGCUCGUUGCUGACGAGAUUCUUCCUUCCAAAAUCAGUGCCAUCGAUCCUCCUAUGCAACUCAAGGGCACGCUGGUGCCAGAGUCCAAACUUGCAGCACGGCCAUUCAAAAAUGACCCCUCGCCAUACUUGAAGAGAGUUUCGUUCGAGCGCUCACGUUCCAAUUCUCGGACGCCCAGGCCCAUGCCCUCGGAUUCUUUGAGUUCAUUAGAUUCAAUGUCGGACAGUGGCUCCUCAACUUCGACUGAGAGUCUAUCGGACGAUUCAAAGAUACCAAAGCCCCCUGGUGAACCAGGUCAUCCAGGGCGUGGAGGAUACACACUUAACGAGGCUUUAGACUGGAACCAAAAGGCAUAUGCUAAGUUCAAGAAAUUUAUGCACAACCUCAUUGAAGAACAUCUCGAUACGACCAAGUGUGCUUCUUCCCAAGACUAUGCGCUCCUGAAAGUUGUACGCGACAAAGCUGUCGAUGCUUUCCCGGACUUAGAAAACUACAGGGACUUUUGGCCGCUGAAUGAUAUGAUCAUGAUGUGUUUGAAAUAUACAUCAGGUCGUGCUAGGCAGAAGAAAGCAAGGAUGGUCGUGGGCAAGUCCAAGAGCAAGAAAAAUGCAUUGAAAGUGGGGUAA